AUGUCCCUAGGCGGAGAAACCCUCCAUUUCGGCCCUCGCAGCCGCGCCAACACCGACACUACCAUGAACACGACCUUCAACGAAAAGUCUAAGCUCGGAGCGGCCGGUUCAAAAUCCGCGGGCAUCCUCCCGCUAUACAAUGGCAUCAGAGCCGAAGAAGCUCUCCGCCCGGACAAAGGACAUGAGAAAGAUUUCCAGGUCCAAAACAAUCCCUUUGGCGUCACCCCCGGCGAGUUGAACAAGAUGCUCAACCCCAAGUCUUUGGCUGCUUACGCCGCUCUCGGCGGCUUGCCCGGCAUUGAACGCGCUCUGCGUACCGACAUCAGCUCUGGUCUCAGCGCCGACGAGGGAAAGCUCACUGGCACUGUUCGCAGAGCCGUCGAGGCGGCGCAGGAGCGGAAAUCUCACGCUGCCAAGGCAUCUACUACUCUCCAGCCCAUUAGCGACGUUAACCACGCCGUGGAUGCCAAAGAGCAGUUUGUAGAUCGCAAGCGCGUCUUCAAGGAUAACCGCCUGCCCCCUCGCAAAACCUACACCAUUGCGGGUCUUCUCUGGAGGGCAUACAAUGAUAAGAUCUUGUGGCUCUUGACGGUCGCCGCUAUCGUGUCAUUGGCUCUUGGUCUCUAUGAGACUUUUGAUGGUGGUAAGAACGUCGAGUGGAUCGAGGGUGUCGCAAUUUGCGCCGCUAUCAUCAUUGUUGUCGUCGUCACUUUCUUCAACGAUUGGCAAAAAGAGAAGCAGUUCACUAAGUUGAACCAAAAGAAAGAGGAUCGUGAGGUCAAGGCUGUCCGCUCUGGCAAGGCCGCUAUGAUCUCGGUUUACGACGUCAUGGCCGGCGAUGUCCUGUACAUCGAGCCUGGUGACUCUAUCCCCGCCGACGGCAUCUUCAUCAGCGGCCAUGGCGUCAAGUGCGAUGAGUCCUCGGCCACUGGUGAAUCCGAUGCCCUCAAGAAGGUACCUGGUGCGUUAGUCUGGGAACAGAUUUCCUCCGGUACUGCCAGCCCCGAAGAUAUGGCGAAACUUGACCCCUUCAUCAUCUCGGGAAGCAAGGUCCUCGAAGGUGUUGGAACUUUCUUGGUUACGAGCGUUGGCGUGAACUCCAGCUAUGGAAAGAUUCUUCUGUCCCUUCAGGUCAAGACCGAACCUACGCCACUCCAGGUGAAACUGGGUACGAUGGCCAACUGGAUCGGUGGUCUCGGUUCACUUUGGGCGGGUAUCCUCUUCUUCAUUCAGCUGUUCCGAUUCAUUGCUGCUCUUCCCCAGAACCCUGGUACUCCCUCUGAAAAGGCCGGCGAAUUCCUCGACAUUCUCAUCACAGCCAUUACCAUCAUUGUCAUGGCUGUUCCCGAGGGUCUACCCCUUGCUGUCACCCUCGCUCUCGCCUUCGCGACCACUCGUAUGCUGAAGGACAACAACCUCGUUCGUGUGCUUCGUGCUUGCGAGACUAUGGGUAAUGCCACCACCAUCUGCUCCGAUAAGACUGGCACCCUCACCCAGAACAAGAUGACCGUUGUCGCCGGGUCCUGGGGCAAGGACCAGAAGUUCUCACUCCAGCCGUCCGGUGAUGACGAGCAAACUUUCACCAACCUAUUCAAGAAGCUUUCCGCCGGCUUCAAGAGCCUCCUCAUGCAGUCCAUUGCCAUCAACUCUACCGCUUUCGAGGGAGAAGAGGAUUGCCAGAAGACUUUCAUCGGCAGCAAGACAGAGGUCGCUCUUCUUAUCCUUGCCCAGAACAACCUGGCUCUGACCAACGUCGCUGAGGAGCGAAGCAACACCCAGAUCGUACAAAUCUACCCCUUCGACUCGGCUCUCAAGUGCAUGGGUACGGUGAUUCGACUCCCCUCGGGCGACUACCGCCUUGUUGUCAAGGGUGCUUCGGAAAUCAUGCUUUCCAAGGCUACGACGUACGUCGCUAACAUCGACUCCGAUGACUACGCCGUUGUUUCCAUGGACGAAAUCGCCAAGCAGCAGGUCUCAGCACAGAUUCAGGCCUACGCCGAGCGCUCCCUUCGUACUAUUGGCUUCCUAUACAAGGACUUCCCUGUGUGGCCUCCUGUAGAAGCUGAAGUGCUCGAAGAGGACAAGUCCAUGGCCAAAUUUGCUUCCGUCAUGUCCGGUAUGGUCUGGGUUGGUCUCGUUGGUAUCCAGGAUCCUCUUCGUCCUCAGGUAACCGACGCCGUACGCCGUUGCCAGGGAGCCGGCAUCAAGGUUCGCAUGGUCACUGGUGACAACCAAGUAACUGCGCGGGCCAUUGCUACGGAAUGCGGCAUAACUACCGAGAAUGGUAUCGUGAUGGAAGGCCCCGUCUUCCGACAGCUCUCUGACCAUGAAAUGGAUGCCAUUAUUCCACGCCUUGAUGUCCUCGCUCGCUCCUCACCUGAGGACAAGCGGAUUCUCGUUGAGAGGUUGAAGAAGCUUGGCGAGACUGUCGCUGUUACCGGAGAUGGUACUAACGACGGACCCGCACUCAAGACUGCUGAUGUUGGUUUCUCAAUGGGUAUCGCCGGUACCGAGGUCGCAAAGGAGGCAUCGGAGAUUAUUCUCAUGGAUGACAACUUUACCAGCAUCGUCAAGGCUGUCAUGUGGGGCCGCAGUGUCAACGACGCCGUAGCCAAGUUCUUGCAGUUCCAGAUCACCGUCAACAUCGCCGCUGUUACACUCGCCUUCAUCUCCGCACUUGCUUCAGAUGAUAACUCGUCCGUCCUCAAGGCCGUGCAGCUUCUCUGGGUCAACAUGAUUAUGGACACUUUCGCCGCCCUGGCUCUCGCCACAGAUGCCCCUACCGACUCCAUCCUCGACAGGAAGCCGACCCCCAAGUCCGCUGCGCUCAUCACCAUGAAUAUGUGGAAGAUGAUUCUCGGCCAGGCUUUCUACCAGAUCGUCAUCACGCUCAUCCUUUACUUCCUCGGCGAGAAGAUCUUCAAGUACGACUUCGCGGCCAACCCCCACCAGAAGCAUGAGCUCGACACCAUGGUGUUCAACGCCUUUGUGUGGAUGCAGAUCUUCAACAUGUUCAACAACCGACGAUUGGAUAAUAAGCACAACAUCUUUGAGGGCGCGCACAAGAACUACUUCUUCAUUACCAUGGCCGCCAUUAUGGUCGCAGCUCAGAUCAUGAUCGUUUUCAUUGGUGGCCAAGCUUUCGAGGUAGUCCGUAUCGACGGCGUGCAAUGGGCUGUCUGUAUCCUCGUGGCGCUGCCUUGCUUGCUCUGGGGUGUCAUCCUCCGUCUCAUCCCCGACGAGUAUGCCGAAGCUCUCUUCAUGGCCAUCGCGAAGGCUUUCAUGUUCGUGUUCAGGCCGUUCUGGAAGGUGAUGAGGCUCGUGUUCCACCCAGUUGCCGAGAUCGGACGAGGCAUCCGACGGUGGAGAAAGGGAAAGGUUAUUGAGGGGGUAGACGACAGCGACUAA